CAGCCGACGCCACAACCCCGCCGACGCCACAACCCCCCCUCCUCGCCAUCCCACCUCUCUCUCUCUCUCUCUCUGUCUCUAGAAUUCUCUCUCUAGAGAUCUAUCUCUUUCUCUCCCCAUUCCCCCUGCUGCUGCCGGCAAUGGGGCUCCUCUCUCUCUUCGCGCCGGCCUUCGCCCUUCUGGCCGUCGUCGGCGCCGCGCACGCGCAGGCGACAGACAGCUGCGACGUCCAACUCCCCCCCGCGCUGACCGCCAACUACUCCGGCCUCAGCUGCCGCCCCGUCUGGAACAACUUCGUCCUCCGGUACUCCCAGAGUGAUGAUAAUGUUUUGAGCAUCGUUCUGUCCGCUGUAUAUGCCACUGGAUGGGUUGGGAUGGGAUUUUCAAAGGACGGAAUGAUGGUCGGAUCCAGCGCAAUGGUUGGUUGGAUGGGUAAAACUGGUAAGCCUCAUAUCAAACGAUUCUAUCUACGUGGACAGACUAGCUCAGAAGUUGUGGCGAAUGAGGGGCUAUUGACCUCCGUCGAUGUUGUACCUGAGGUUCAUGUUGUUCAGGCCAAGAUCUAUCUAGCAUUUAAGCUGCAAUUUUCAGCUCCUGUUAAAGAGCAGCAAAUUCUCUUUGCUUUCGGGACUUCCAUUCCGGUCAAUAAUCGACUUACGAAGCAUGAGGAUAAGACAUCGAUGUCCUUUGAUUUCUCAACAGGUACUUCUUCUGGCUCUGCCUACCCAUACAACCUGAAAAGGACCCAUGGAGGACUGAAUAUAUUUGCGUGGGGAGUGUUACUGCCGAUUGGAUCCAUCAUUGCAAGAUACUGCAGGCAGUGGGAUCCGCAAUGGUUUUACGUUCAUGUUGUUUUCCAGUUUAUUGGGUUCCUUAUCGGCCUUGCUGGUGUGGUUGCUGGAGUUGCUCUGUAUAACAGACUGCACGCAAAUGUUGCUGCACACAGAGGGCUCGGAAUUUUUGUCCUUGUCUUAGGUAUUUUGCAGAUCAUCUCGUUCUUCGUGCGACCUGACAAGGACUCCAAGAUCCGCAAGUACUGGAACUGGUACCACCACUGGGUCGGGAGGCUCACGCUCUUCCUCGCCGCGGUUAACAUCGUCCUCGGAAUCCAUGUUGGUGGUGCGGGGAUGUCGUGGAAGGUCGGCUACGGCAUCAAUCUGGCCUUCCUUCUAGUCGCAGUAAUCGUCCUGGAAGUCCUCUUGUGGACAAGAUGGUCGAGGAAAACAGCCCCACCUCCGGUGUUCUAGAUUGCCCUCAAAAUGAUUUCUAAGGUGAUCGCUUUCGCGGUGUUGUUGUGCCGAUAGGUUACCAUUGUUUCAUAUUUUUCUAGAGUGAUUGGCUGUGUCUCUUCUCUUGAAAUUUUAGGAGCAGAAUUGGUUAGCGCGUUUGUAAUGAAAGAUUUUCGGCUUUGCAUAGAACAGCAAUAGCUUGUUGUAAUUAUCACAUAUUUUAGUUGUUGAGGUAUCAUUAUGUUUCAAUUUAAAAUGCACCUCUACUUGCUUUCUCUCUUAUGGGUUGCAAGCCCUGUUUAGAGGUAAAAUAAGAUAUC